ACACAUGAGCAGCACUGUGAACUGGAUCUUUGACAUGGAGGGAGUUUAUGAGGUGUCAGUAAACGCCUCCAAUGCCCAUGAAUGGACACAAGAGACAAUAUCUGUUGUUAUCGUCCGUGCUGCUGUUUCGGAUCUUAAAUUAAGUGUUUCUGGGAAUCAGCUGAGUACAGGACAGAUUGUCUCUGUGGAUGUGGAGCUGCUCAACAAUACGACUGAUUUGCUUUUCCUCAGUUUCACGCUGAAUGCUUUGUACGGCCUCAAAGAAAAGGCUGUUGGAAGCAGUGGCAUGACGGAUUAUUUAAUGAACACUGACUGUAAGAACAUCACUUAUAGUAAUGAUGUCAUUCACACAAGCAAAAUCCCCCAGGAGAAAAGCAAUGACUGUGAUUGCAACUUCAGCCAUCACAGCAAUAUCAGUCAGCACCAGUGUGAAAGUGGCGCCAACUCCCACCCGUUCACCCCUCUCCACCUCCACCACACGUCCAGCUGCCGUCUAUGCCUUCCCUCUGCUGCAGGACGCUAUCAGCUUACAGCAUCAGCCCUCUCCACAGCCGAGCCUUCGUCAGUGCUGCUUUCUGCCAUCCUGCCUCAACCCCUUAUUGUGUACGAGCCCAUACGUGCACUAAGGCCUUCUGGGAAAUGGAAGUCAGUUUUCAACACACGCCGAGUUCAGCCUGGAGGUUACAGUCAUGCCAGCCGCUUUGGGUCGAACUGGUUUGGACUUUAUAUUUCAAUGAUGCUAUUGUGAUAAACAGAAAACUGAAGAAUGGACCAUAAAUGGUCGGUUAAAGCAGCAGGGGGUUAUAAUGUGACGUUACGGCCUUUAAUCCAAUCAGCAGCGCCUCUUUUCACACACAUAAUCCUGGCUCAAGAUCCAGUUGGAGAGCUGGUGUUAAAAAUCCCCAAAUUAAUCACAGCAAAUCAAAAGUUUUUCUGCUUCAUUUAGCGUCAAAGGAGGGUCAAACAUCACUGUGACUCUGCUGAUAAAUGCCACGUUGUUGUACAGUAACAGUCAGCUACGCUACAGGAAAAGAGACGAAGUGGUUUUGACUUUUUCACCACAUAGGAACGGUUUGUGGUGGAGCUCACAGCUGAGAAUCAAGUGUCUUCUCGGAGAAAGAGUGUGAGAGUGGUGUGUAGAGAGGAAGAGGAACCAUCACCACAAGGUUGCAUUAGUCCAACAUGGAAACCACCUACCAGUCAAAGUCCUGAUCACAGCCGGGUUUAUGAAGUGGUGAGGAUUCAUGCAGCAAAGCAAGCUCAUCCAACAAACACAGAUAUAACCCUCCUGGCUCUGACUGAUGUAUCAGACCUGUGGAGUUCUUCUGGUACUUGGAGACUCCAGCUCUGUCAGAACCACCUCCAGGAGCAUCACGAAAAGAUACAGAACACCCAGCAGGUAUAAUGUCACCGUGGUCAUGUCUAGUGGUGGGAUGUCCUUCACCUCUGAGGUUUUCCCGCUGAAUGUCCAGAGAGUGGUGAAGCUGAACCGGCUGGUCCACCGGGCCUCUGUCCUGCAGAACCACACGUGACGAUGAGCUGCCGGGUCAAUGUGGGGGACAGAUGUUGAGUUUCUGUGGAGCUUUGGAGAUGGAUCAUCCAAGUCUGGACUGAGCACAGAGCAACACGUCUUUCACAGAACAGGGGAGUUCAUCAUGGAGGUGAAGGUGUCUAACCUGGUCAGCUCUGCCUCUCUGACCAGUCAUAUCUUUGUCGUGGACCGACCAUGCCAGCCUCCACCGGUGAAAAACAUGGGGCCUUUCAAAAUACAGGUGCGAAGGUACGAGGUUAUCCGUCUCGGGGUGACCUAUGAGACUGAGGUGGACUGUGACGCACCCGGAGGCCUUUAUUAUUCCUGGACCUUGUAUGAUUCUGUAGGCCGGGUCUUCCCUUUACUUCUCAUCGACACACACAGACAGAGCCUCAUACUGCCAAGCCAUCAUCUGCACUAUGACACAUACACUGCAACAGCCAGGGUCCAGGUCGUUGGCAGUAUAGUGUACAGCAACUACAGUGUACGAGUUCAGGUGAUGCCGAGUCCUCCGAUCGCCAUCAUUGACGGUGGGACCAACAUCUUCAUCAACAACAGGAACACCACAAUAGUAACCCUGGAUGGGAGAAGGUCCUAUGACCCUGACUUCCCUUUGAACCCAGUCAGUUUGACGUGGACAUGCAAACCGGUCAGCUCCAUCAUCAGCUCCUGUUUUGACCAGCUUGUUCCUGCUUCAUCCCCUGUUCUCACUUUUCCUGCUAGUUUCCUAAAACACAACUUUGACCAGUUCCGGUUCACGCUCACCAUCCACAGUGGAGAACGUUCAGCUUCAUCAGAGACCUUCCUCACAAUAAAAUCCAACCUGAAGGGAAAAGUGUCCGUUUACUGCCCUCUGUGCCGGGGAGACCAGGUGAACUGGGAUCAGUCUUUCUCCAUCAGCGCCUCUUGUGAAGACUGUGACAUUUCCCCCAAACUCAUCCAGUUUUCCUGGAGCCUAUUUCUGGUCAACGCCUCAUCCAAGCCUGUCAUAGAAAUCCCAUUUUGCUACACUGUGGAUCUCAAUGCUCCAUCUGCCAUUAUGGAUAAUCUCGCAACAUCCCCUCCGAUUCCUGAGACGUCCACCUUGAAUCCACCAAAUACAGAUGCUACACAAUACUCCUCUCCUCCUUCUUCUCCAAAGAUGACCCAGAAUCUACUGAAAAAGGCUUUCCUGAACCUGGAACCGGUAUCAAUCUCUUCUCCAGUUGACAAAAGAGCAGCAAUGUCAGGAGAGGAACCCUUCCAUGACCCUCCUGAGCUUCCAUACCUGUAUUCUGGAUACAGCGAUAGCAGCCUUUUUUCUGAUGCAUCCGGGUACGAUGACAUUGUCAGUGAACCGUCUGUGGAGUCCGAUUCUUCUGCUGGUUGGGAGUUUCCUGUUUUGGAGAGUGGGGACUUUGAAUCACAUUAUGAUGAUGUUCCCUUCCUGACUGCAGAGGAGGGGGAGUCUGGGGUAUCAGCAGGAAGACCCACAGGUGUGGACGGUGAGACCUUCAUUCCAAUAGAUGGUUCAGAGUUUGAUCCAUUAUUACACCGAGAUGAAGGAAGUAAUCUGGUGGAUUCACAGCCUCCUGUAAUGAUCCAGGAGCCAACUUUACUAGAUUUACCCCGUGACUCAGUAGACAGAGGGAUUUUUGAGUCUUACACCUCCUCAGGUAUCUCCUCUGCUCUGCUCAGCUUCAGACCCUUCAGUCUAAAACCUGGGAGCAGAUACAUGUUAGAGGUCACUGCUAAGUCACAAAAUAGUUUUCUGGGUCGGACUCAGCUCUUCUUAAAAACAGAACCUGUUCCGAGGGGGAUGACCUGCCAGGUUCAGCCGAUGAAUGGGUUGGAGUUACACACACACUUCAGCAUCUUCUGCACCUCAGGGAGAGAGGACUUACUGUACAAGUACAGCUUCAGUGUAGGAGACAGACCCCCGAGGACGCUCUACGAGGGUAGAGACUUCCAGUAUUACUUUAACCUUCCUUCAGGGGAUCCCAGUGAUGACUACAAAGUAACAGUGUUCACAGAAAUCAGAAGCAACACAGACGGAGGUGUCACUAAACCAUGUCCUGUCACAGUCCGAGUCCGACCACGUUUCCACAGAGAAGCUUCUUCUUCUCAUAAUGAUCCUGAUCUGGAGCUUUCAGAGUUUAGUCUGAAGAACCUGUCAGCUCUGGUUGGACUUGGAAACACCAUGGAGACUGUGAACUACAUUAGCCUCCUAUCGAGCAUCCUGAACAGACUCAGCCUGGACUCACAUGAACACAAACACAUACGCAACGUACUCAUCUGCACAGUGUGUGAACUCCAACACACUGAACAGGUGUCUGUAGCAGAUGUCGCCUGUAUUUUGAAAGAGCUUUUACAAGUAACAGAUCAGGUGACAUUAGCGAGUGCCAGAUGUGUGAUCCUUUACAUUCAGUCCAUGUCAGAGCAGUUUGCAGACUCCAGUGCUCCAGUGCGGUUCCAUCUGGACCAGAAGACACUCAACACCCUGGUCGACCUGCUCUCAUACAGCUUACAGACCUUCACUAGUGUACAAAUAUGCAACAAUACUGACAUUAAAGAAGCAUUGGAAAUUGAUGGCUGCCUGGCAGACGUCUCCAGAGGUUCACACAUCAAACAGGGAGGAUUUAUUUCGUCAAAGCAGCUGGUGCAGCUUGUAGCCGACAUCCUGCACACGGCCUCAAACUUAAUGCUGAAGUUUAUUUUGUUCCACAAAUCAGAGGAGCUCAGACUGGACACUGGUUUAAUAUGUCUGUAUGUCACGUACCUAAACCAAACCUCCACAGUCAGCAGCGGCUCAGCCAACGUCUUCAUACCCGCCUCCCUUAUCCAGCGUCCGUUUGUUCAUCACGUUGACAGUCAAUCAGUCAGAAACCAUGAGAAACCGUGUGUGCUCAUCCUUCUGACUGAACUCACCCACAGCCCUUAUACCUGGGCCAGUCCUGGGAAGUUGACUGGGCCAGUGGUUGAACUGAGUUUUUACAAAUGCAGCACGAGGAGAAAAAUCCCAAUUCGAUCCAUCCAUCAACCAAUAAAUAUUGACCUACAACAAGCACCAAAAAACAUGAGUUCUGUUUAUGACUCCAUCCUCCAGCGCAGCCAGAUCAACUAUCACAGCUUCAACAUUACCCAGGAGCACUUGCAGCAGGUCAUUCAGCUGAGAGUGCAGUUCAAGCCGUCAUUCAAGAAAAUGUUUCCCAUCAUGCUGCUCUUCAGGAUGUUUGAAAGGCCGACUCCCAGCAUGCACCAUCUGCGAAGAAUUCACAACUGGGAGAGCAACAUUACACACAUCACUUUGCCGUCAUCCUACCUCAGCACUUCAGGGGUCGGCCACCUCGCUGUGUUGAACGCUGAUUUUGCAAAGCGCCGCAGGUGGAAGCACCUGAGUGACCCGGUCAUGUACAGGGUCAGAGUGGACAGCAGUUUGUGUGUGUCCUGGGAUGACCACCAGGGGGCGUGGACUCCACACGGCUGCAGAACCCAGCAGGCAGAUACACCUACUGCAGCCAAGUGCAGUUGUGUCCAGCUGAGGCCGCUGACAGUGGUGAAGCAGCAGAUCCAGUGCAGCCGUGACACAACAGACGUGAACCCCUUCAUAAGUGUGUCCAGUAAUCUGACAGUACCCAUUGUGCUGGUACUGUGUGUGUCCCUGUACAUCCUGGGGUUGGUACUGAUCCGGACCACUGGUGUCGAGUCUGGUGAGAGGAGGGUCCACUACCUAUCAGAUAAUUUACCAUGUGACCCCCACCUUUAUGCUGUCACCGUUCACACUGGCCUCUGCUCUGCAGCUAAAAUGAGUGCAAAGGUUUACAUAGUGCUAUAUGGAGAAGAUGGCUUCUCGCAGACAAAGGAACUACAAGUGCCAGGAUGCACUCUAUUUAGAAGGAACUCUCAAGACACCUUUAUUAUCAGUGCAGCAGAAAACCUGGGCUCAGUUUACAGGGUUCACAUCUGGCACGACAACUCUGGACCCUCCCCGGUCUGGUACAUAAAACAAGUGGAGGUACAUGAGGUGAACAGAGGGCGUGUGGAGGGACGGCCUUGGCUCUUUAUUGGUCAGUGCUGGCUCGCUGUAAACAAGAGUGAUGGUCGAGUGGACAGAAUGCUGAGAGUCUGCACUCAGGGAACAGGCUUUUCCAAGAUGUUAUAUCUCAAACUAUCAGAGUACAUGGCAGACUUCCACCCCUGGAUAUCUGUCUGCAGCUGUCCCCACCCUCACUCGUUCACACACACUCACAGACUAACCAUGUGCCUGCUGCUGCUGUUGGGAUAUUCAUGUGUCAACACAGUCAUCAUAUCACAAACGGAUGAGCAGUUGCCUUUGGAGCUGGGCAUUGCGGAUUUAUCAGCUGUUUCCGUGACGACAGGAAUAUUAAGUGUGAUAGCGGUGUUGCCCGCAGCAACGGUGAUAUCUUUACUUUUCCGAUUGCAUAAAGUAAAGCUGGUGGGGUCAGAGGUCAAAGAUGCAGGCAACAGAAAGACUGACAAUGUGGAAGAUGCUGUUUCCGUGAACAGCCUUCAACAGUGGACACAGGAAGGCCUGAGGAAGACAAAUCAGGACACAGAGCUCACCUCAGUAUCCACUUGGCAACUGGAUAAGAAAGAUGAUGAGAAACCUGUAAUCCAAACAGAUGUGACCAUAAGUAAUGUGGAUUCUGUAGUAGCUGACAGCAGUAAAGGAGCAGCGUUUAACAGCGGGCUGACAUCCCAGUGGUGUCACUGUGUGGCCUGGGUGUUGUGUCUGCUGUUGUGUCUGUCCUCCCUGGUUCUCUCUACAGUGCUGGGAAUAAGAUUCAGCAGCAGCGAGGUUCUGCUUUGGAUACAUUCUGUUUUCUUCUCCCUUUUAUCUUGUAUAUUCCUGAUUCAUCCAGCUUUGAUAUUUACAGUAGCAGUGAGCGUCUCCUUUUGGUACCGAAAAACACCAGACAUUCAUCAUUUUUUCAGCUUUACGCAGUUUGAGACAGAUAUUUCAAAACUGUGGGUUCGCACUCGACCUCAGGAACCACAGGGAAAAGGCUCCAACCUCAACAAGCUGCUUGCUGCCCGUCAGAGAGCCCGCUAUCUGCGUCUGGUGCGACCGCCAACCUCAAGAGAGCUUAGAAAAACCCUCUGCAAGAAAAGAAGAGAGAGUAUUAUUCAGCAGACACUGUGGAAUUUAUCUUUCUAUGCCUCAAUGCUUCUCCUGAUGCUGUGUAUAACUUUCGGCAGCUCAUUCAGUGACCAUUACCACCUCAAUAAUGCAAUCAGAAAUCAAUUCACAAGGCGACAUGAUAAUGACUUCAUGUCCAUUAAAAAGUAUAAUGACUGGUGGACGUGGGCACAGAAUAAUCUGCUGGAUUUACUGUACAAGAAUGAAUCAGCCACAACUGAGUCAUACAUUUUAAUAGGAGAGCCAAUCCUGUUGAAGACAGACACACCCAACUUGUUUCAUGGCCAGGUUUUCAGCCCAGCUCCUGCUCCAAACUGUCUUCAUUUAUUCCGUCAUCACCGAAGUUGCUCAGGAUCAUGUUCUGCGGUCGGCUUAGGCCACACAAAGACCAGCGCUGCAUCCAACCUGAAGCUCCUGCUCUCAUGUGGCUGGUUGACGACACAGACAGUGGAGCUGAAGGUCCAUUUCACUUUGUACAGCCCUGCCCCCAGCUUGUUCACCAGCGUGACCCUGAUCACUGAGCAGAGUCCCACUGGUGUCCUGCUACCCACCGCCAACGUCCACUCAGUUAGAAUCUACCACAUUCCUGCUGUGUGGGAUUACAUUGUCAUGAUUUGCCAGCUCCUGUUUCUCCUCCUCUCUCUGUUGCAACUCAGUCGUCAAGUGAUCACUGUAGGACAGCAAGGCAUGAUGGGAUACUGUAGAACACCCUGCAACUGGCUGGAAGUCAGUCUGCUCACUGCGGCCUCUGUGUACUUCAAACACUGCCUCUAUUACUCCACUAUGGUCACUGAAGCUGUGGAGCUGCUACAGAGACGCAACUACAAAGAGCAUGUAGACGUCAGCCUCCUGGCGAUGCAGCAACAAUAUAUACGGACUCUACGUGGCAUUAUUGUUUUCCUUCUUAUCUUGAAGUGUGUGAGUGUGUUGAAGGUGAAUAAGACAUUGACUACAUCUACGACACUCCUAACUCCAACACUCUCCACCCUCCUCUGGACAACGAUUUCAGGUCUGGUCUUGCUUUGGGCACUGUUUUGUGUAGGAAAUCUGCUGUUUGUACAGAGCUCGUGGACCUUCAGCUCGUUUCCCCAUACUCUGCUUUGUCCUCAUCGACAUCUGAAAACUGCCAGGAGCCUCCUCCUCUCAGGAUGGGGUUUCCUUUACCAUGGAGCUCUGUAUCUGUUCUCCAGAGUAGUGUUUACAGCCGCUGUGGUCAGUGUGGUUUCCUCACUGGCCAGAAGGUCUUGGAGAAGAAGGAAAGACAUCUUCACCACAUCUGAAGUGGUCCGCUACAUUAGGAAACAGCUUUCUGCUUUUACAGACCGGCGCAGACCAACUCAUACUGAUAAUCCAAUGGACGAGAGGACUUAUCACAUGGAAGAGUUUGAAAGCUUGGUAGAUGAACUGUUGUGCAGACUUAACACCCUCUCAGACAGUCUGCAUCACACACUGCCCUCUAAAUCCCACCGCUACAGGGAGGACCAUCCUGCCAUCUCAUCUGUACAGGAGUCCUCCAAAAUGGACACACAGGACUUCAUGAAGACACACACGACAGAAAAAAGAUCAACUACAACAUCUCACCUACUCAGGUCUGAGGUUGAAGAUAAGAUGUUGCAGGUACUACAUCAAACAGACCAUCAAUGUGAAAAGUUCUUGUCUGACAUCAGCUUCUCAUCAUUCGUUCAUCAGCAUGAAAUAAAAACGGAAAAAACUACAAAAGACAGAAAACUGCAGACUUCUUUACAGGGACCAAGCCUGUUACCUGGUCCAGAAUCAGCGUCCUAUGUGCGGUUGUGGAAGUCUGCUCAAGCCAUUCAUUCAGAGGUAGUGGUGGAAGUGCUGGUCCAUGAGGAACGAGGGACUGUAGACUCAGAUAAGACCAAUAUGUAAUCAGGAAUUCUUAAGUAAAUGUAUAGCAGAUAAUUGUUUGAAAUGUAAAGUGUCUCACAAAGUGUUGGAAUCUAAUACAAAGAAGAAAUUUAAACAUGUUUCUCCCUAUAUAUGUUCACACAAAUGCU